AGAUCCUAACCAAUCCUCCAUACCAUCAACCAUCCACUCCAUCCAUGAAUUCAGACCACAAGCAUACCUCUCCACUGAAACACAAAGGACUGAAAGGGCAACACAAAAACACCCACACCUGUUUGUCAUUGGCUGAAACACCAGCAUCAGGCAGUUUCAAUCCUCGCCGGAGCUCAUUGAUUGGUUGGUAGGAAAGAUGGCAACAGUCACAGCCCAUGCUUCAGUUGCCGUCUUCCGGCCUCAGGCAUCAAAACCCAGGUUUCUCACAGGUUCUUCCGGCAAACUCACCGCCAAAACCGCACGCUCCAACACCUUGAACUCAUUCAAGGUGGAAGCAAAGAAGGGCCAGUGGCUCCCUGGCCUGCCUUCACCUGCCUACCUAAACGGCAGCCUCCCUGGGGAUAAUGGAUUCGACCCGCUUGGACUAGCUGAGGAUCCAGAAAACUUGAAGUGGUAUGUGCAGGCAGAGCUUGUCAAUGGCCGGUGGGCGAUGCUCGGUGUCGCUGGAAUGCUGCUUCCAGAGGUCUUCACCAAGAUUGGGAUCAUCAAUGUUCCCGAGUGGUAUGAGGCCGGCAAGGCAGAAUACUUUGCAUCAUCUUCCACCCUCUUCGUCAUCGAAUUCAUUCUGUUCCACUAUGUGGAGAUCAGAAGGUGGCAGGACAUCAAGAACCCAGGCAGUGUAAACCAGGACCCCAUCUUCAAGAACUACAGCUUGCCACCAAAUAAAGUUGGGUACCCUGGAGGCAUCUUCAACCCCCUCAACUUCGCUCCCACGCUUGAGGCCAAGGAGAAGGAGCUUGCAAAUGGGAGAUUAGCAAUGCUGGCAUUCCUGGGUUUUGUGAUUCAGCACAAUGUUACUGGUCAGGGUCCCUUCGACAACCUCCUACAACACAUUUCUGACCCAUGGCACACCACCAUCAUUCAAACACUCAAGGGCUAGGUUCUUUUCUUUCGCAACAAGGAUUAGAUGGCCUUUUGAGGUCACAAUGUGAAACAAAAGAAAAGUAACAGACAUGCACAAGGGAUCUUGAACAUUAUUGUAAUGCCAUCUUCAUUGUCUUCCCUAUUUUUACCUUUCGUUUGAGAGUAAAUUCGUUCAUGUUCUUCUCCAAUGACAAACUAUAGUUAAGACA